AUGGACGAAAACGAUGAUUUUUCUCUAACUUCACCCCCAAAUCUCAAGCAGAAGCUCAAAAACUCCCUCUGUUUGUCUUGUUGCUUCCCUCACCGCCGUCCUCCGCCGCCGCCGUCAUCGUCUGAUGAGAAUCCGGCGCUGAUUUGGGUAAACAACGAAGAAUCUAGUAACCUUCUGAAAUUGAAAGAUAAGGUGUUAAAUGUUCUGAAUUUCGUCGGAACUGGAUCGAAUCGGCACAAGAGACACGCUUCUACUGAGUUUCGUUACGAUCCGAUGAGUUAUUCGCUUAAUUUUGAAGAUGGAUUUGAUGAUGAUAGUGAAGAAAUUGCUCCUUUGAGGAAUUUCUCCUCUCGACUUCCUCCUUCGCCGCCGGUGAAAUCCUCGCCAGUGAGGGAAGUAGCUGCUGCAAGUUAA